AUGGUGUGGCGCGACUUCAAAGAAAAGGCAGCCUCUUCUGCCAAGAAAUUCGAGACUACGGCUUGGAAAGUUAUGGACCCCGUGGGGCAGUUUUCGAACCGAGUCGCAGGGGCACUCGGUGCAGAGGCAUUUUACCCCACAAGCAUGGACAAGGAAAUCGACAAGUGCGCACGGAUCAUCGCGACAUUUACGCGGUAUGGAGCACCGACGCAAGAAGCAACAAAUUUAGCAGAGCCAGCGCACACUAGUGAGAUGUCAACAUAUAAUGUCCAAGAUCCUCAUGCUAGUCGCAAAUCGCAACGCAUGCUUUACACCAUCCCACCCCGCGUGCUACAGCAGGCAAAAGGCGUCGCAAUAUUCACCACGUUCCGUAUGGGUCUCUGGCUUUCUGGCUCGGGUGGAUCCGGUGUUGUACUUACCAAGGAUGAAAAUGGUAAUUGGGGCGCACCGUCCGGUCUUUUGGUUCACACAGCUGGAAUUGGACUGGUAGCAGGCGCCGAUAUUUACGAUAUCGUAAUUGUUCUGCGAAACGAGGGUGCAGUGAACGCAUUCAAGCGCCCAAAACUUAGUCUAGGUGGGGAGCUCAGUGUUGCUCUUGGACCUGUAGGAAACGGGGUUUCGGUCGAUGCCGCAUGGGAAGGCGCGCCAAGCUUUGCUUACGUGAAGAGCAAGGGUCUCUACUUUGGUCUCCAGCUGGACGGCACGAUUCUCUUGUCGCGCACGGAUGAGAAUGCGCGAUUCUACAACUAUCCAGGCUUAGAGACGGCAUCGUUGCUGGAGAACAAAGUGCCGCAGCACCAACUGCCCCGUGCAUGCAUACCCUUGUGGCAGGCGCUCCAUGCUGCGGACGGAAGUGCAAGGCAUGUACCUGGGGACGAAGCGGUGCACGAUGCAGGCGUAUUGACGGAUGCAGAUGUAGAGGAGCUGCACCAAGAGGCCGUGCAGCGUGGUGCGGUCGGCAAAGAUGAAAAAGACGCGAUGGUCACUGCGGAGGGCCUGCGAGACGAGAAACAGUCUCAGUCCCGCGCACAGAACGUGUACGCUCUUCCUCCGCCGCGACAUCCGUCUUAUGCACCGCAAGCACCGCAGCGCGCUUCUGAGCACAUGUCAAGUUGGACGUGUGUGGCACCACCCAAUGCUGCAAGCAAUGAACCCGCUCCGCCACGUUGGUAG